UUUUAAGUCUGUUUUGCUUUCAAAUUUAUAUCUAAUAGAUGUUUUCUAUUUUAGUGUGUGACACCUACGGGUAAACUUCUUUUAAGGUAAACAUGGAUACCAAGUUUAACUUCAGUAAUUUUAGAACGUUGCGUACAAGUUCAUACUGUCGGUGUUGGAUGAUUGGUUAUUCCGUAAUAGGACAUGGUUUCUCAGGCCCACACUCGACCUUCACAACUUGAAUAGUCGUCAUAAUGUUGUACACUGUCUUUUGUGUAACAUAUCGAAGUUUAGGGAUGACUUGUACUCGUUACUCUGUGCUUUAUUGUCUUUAUUCCAUAUCCACAGAAACACUUGAUAUAAGUCACUGAGUUAGGGCAGAAACACUUGAUGUAAGUCACUCACAGUCCCACAUCGGCUGAGUGAAGAAUACAUAUAUGAAGAACUGCCUAUAUAAACAGCGGCUCAAUAAAGGAAAAAGCAUACCUUUCUCGGCCUUUUGGCUAAGAUCAAGGUAGUGUUUGGUAUGAGGUAAUGAGAGAAGGAAUGGAAUUAACCAUUCAGGGGUAAUAAAAAUAGGAAUGUUUGGUUGCUAAAAGGAAAGGAAUAAGCCAUUACUUACCUUAUUCCAUUCCCUCUAAAUAUGGCAAAAAGUAUUCCAGCGACCCCCCCUAUUUUUUUUUCAUUCCGUUCGGUAUUGAUAACACACUUCUCAAUUUUGCCCUCAUCCUCACCUAUUUUCCCUCGCUGAUUCAAUUCCUCUAAUCAAGGGAUCUCUGGUUAUAUAUUUCUUUCAUCUUCAUCAGCGAGCCUCUUCAUCAUUUGAACCCUAAUCACCAGUCACUUGUUUGGAUUUUCGUCAUCAAACACAAAAUCAGGUCUUGGAUUUUUACUGAAGUUAUGUCUAGACUUAAACUCAACCGACAAAAAAACAAAAAAAAACUAGCUGCAUUUUGUGCGAUGUGGCUUCAUAUACUAAACAUGGUUACCUGGUAUAUUCAAGCAAUACAAACUGUUAUUAGUAUACGUUUGGAUAUGUGUCCAACUAGGCCUCGCUACAAGAUGUUCUACCCCCAGAGAAAAGAAUACAUGCAUAGAUUAGUGUAUGAAAGUGACGACACAUGUCUUCAUCAACUAAGAAUGAAUAGGGCAACGUUCAUGACACUUUGUAACAAGUUGGAGAGUGAAGGAAAGUUGAAGGCGUCUAAGUAUCUCGAAGUAGAUGAACAAGUUGCAAUUUUCCUGUAUGUUUUGGCACACCAUGUGAAGAAUCGAGUGGUGAAGUUUCAGUUUCACCGGUCAGGAGAGACUAUCAGUAAACAUUUCAAUAAUGUGUUAAAUGCUGUUAUACGAUUGGAAAAUGGUUUGUUUAAGAAGCCGGAGCCAAUAUUAGAAACUUCAACAGAUGAAAGAUGGAAAUGGUUCAAGGGAUGUUUAGGAGCAAUAGAUGGGACCCAUAUAAGCGUGCAAGUACCAGAGGAAGACAAACCGAGAUAUCGUAAUCGAAAAGGAGAAAUAACAACUAACGUCCUUGCUGCUUGCACGCCUGACAUGCAGUUCAUUUAUGUAUUACCAGGCUGGGAAGGAUCUGCUGCUGAUGGUAGAAUACUUCGUAGUGCUAUGAUUCGAGAGAAUGGAUUGCAAGUGCCUAAAGGUAACUACUAUCUUGUUGAUGCCGGGUACACCAACGGAGAGGGAUUCCUUGCUCCAUUCCGAGGUCAAAGAUAUCAUCUGAAUACUUGGCUACAAGGGCAAAGACCGGAAAAGCCUGAAGAGUAUUUCAACAUGAAGCACUCAGCUGCAAGGAAUGUCAUCGAACGAUGCUUUGGCGUUUUGAAGAAAAGAUGGGCAAUACUUAGAAGCCCAUCUUUCUAUCCGAUCAGAACACAAAAUAAAAUUAUACUCGCAUGUUGUCUUUUGCAUAACUUUAUUCGAAGAGAAAUGGCAUAUGAUCCUUUUGAUGAUGAUGAAUUUAUUGACACAAAUAAUGAUGCAGAUGACGAAGAUCUUGGCUCACAUGUAGACCAUAUUACAACAGUUGGGACCUCGAAUGAAUGGACAAACUUUAGACAAAAUUUGGCAACAUCUAUGUUCAAUGCAUGGACAUCUAGACAUCAUUGAUUAAUUAGAUUAUUAUGUUUUUAGUUAUGCUAUUUUAGUAAUGUUUAUUAAAUGGAUUUUCUUAGAAUAAAUUUGAAUGCUUUUUGUGUUUCUUAAUUUA